GAGGGGAUCAACGCUGUCAAAAGCGUCUGAAACUGGAAUAUAGAGCCAGUAAUCAAAGCAGCAUCAUUGCUACUUGUACAGAGAACAUAUGGAUCUCGGCUCUUUCCUAAUUGUCAUAAUUGGGUAGGGGUGGGCGGGUGUUCUCCUCUAGUCCCUGUAGGAAAUAGCCCCUCGUUUGUUCCAAAGGACAACCAACUCCUUCUGUUCAGAAUGGCGGCAGGUGUGGACGCAACUCAUCUUUUUUUCGUACGACUGCAACUGUAACCGCGGAAACAGCUGCUGCUAUUUGUGCCCCUGCCGUCACCCACCGGAAGAGGUCGAAAGAAGCGGUAGAAGAGAGUCCUCCUGCGGCAUAAAGAGGCUAACCUUGGACGUGCGCUGCAUCUUCUCCGGCAAUGAGCGGCGGCGAGGAGGAAGAGUUCAAACCUUCGGCGCUGGGCACCAAAGAACACUGGGAUGCAGCAUAUGAACGAGAACUGCAUAAUUUUAAAGAAAGUGGUGAUACUGGGGACAUUUGGUUUGGUGAAGAGAGCAUGACUCGUAUAAUUAGAUGGCUAGAGAAACAAAAGAUACCCCUGGACAGUUCUGUGCUUGACAUUGGAACAGGAAACGGCAUUUUGCUGGUUGAAUUGGGUAAAUCUGGUUAUACCAAUCUUACAGGAGUUGACUACUCUCCUUCUGCAGUGCAACUUUCAAAAAAUAUAAUGGAAAAAGAAGGGCUGCCUUAUAUUAAGUUGCUGGUAGAAGACAUUUUAAAUCCUUCGGAUGAAUUACCAACUUUUCAGAUCUGCAUUGAUAAAGGGACUUUUGAUGCUAUCAGUCUGAACUCAGAUGGUGCAGCAGAGAAAAGGAAACAGUAUGUUAAAUCCCUGCAGAGGGUGUUGAGAUCCAAUGGCUUUUUCCUUAUAACGUCUUGUAACUGGACUAAAGAAGAGCUGUGCAAACAAUUUGAAGAAGGGUUUCUACUUCUGGAGGAACUGCCAACACCAACCUUCUGUUUUGGAGGAAGAACUGGAAAUAGUGUGACUGCCUUGGUUUUACAAAAAACAUAGUCAUCUAUUUUUGAUAAACUUUGGGAUGAAGAUCUCCUUUUGUGAAUUUUGGAUUUUACCACACAACUCGAUUAAAAAGUGAAAUCCAAAUUGUAGAAAUUUGACAGCUGUCUAUAUGUUUGGUUUCUUUGAAGUAAAUUUUGUUACAGGUGUAUAAUUUUCAAGAUUAAAUUGGCAUGAUAAUUAAAUAGUGUAUUUUCUCUUGGAAAUACAAGAUAUUUAAUUGUGGGAAAUGGGAGUUUAGAAUGUUGGCUAUAUAUAAAUCCUGUAAAGGAAUUGGUUUAUCAUUUUAGCUGGUGAUGCAAUUCCUUAAGAUAAAACAGUUCCUUAAGACAAUUUAAUUACAAAUGUGCUAGGUUGCUUGAUAUAACUUGUUAGAUAACUGAAUAUUUUUUAAAAAAUGAAUUGAAGCUGUAGGUAUAACUUGUUACCUAAAGGAUGGAAAAAUGGUUCUGUUCCAAUAGGUAAAGUAAGUGUCUUCAAAACAAUAUAAACAUAUUCCUAUCAUAGUAACUUGUAAGAAAUAAAGGGGGAAUAAGAAGACCAAACUGAGAAAAACUCUAUACAGAUGAUUGUAUAUUAAAUGUACCUAAGUACCAUUUCAGGAGAUCGUUUUAAAAGAGAGAUGGGUCAAGCAUCAUCCGAUCCUAGUUAGGCAAAUGAGGACUUCAGUGUUUCUCUCUGAGGCAGCCAGCUGGAAUGGUUGCCUGACACAGGUGGCUCAUAGCUUCAGUAUAUGCAGAAGACUGAUUAGCACCACAUAAUAGCAUUAAUGCUAGUUUUCUUUCUUUUCUUUUUUUCCCAUUGGUUUCAGAGAAAUCAGAAAUUGAAGUCUUAAACAUGUUUGUGGCACAUUUGUAAAUUAAAUUUUAUGAGGAUAUUAGUUGCACAGUGCAUACUUUUAACUGCUUUCUUUUCAAUACUUGAUGUGUCUUCAUUGGUUUGCACAGCUUAGUUUCUAGCAUUAAAAAAUAUUCAGUAUGAAUAACAGAUGCUUCAAGACAGUCUUUACAAUGGCAUUUGGACUGUUUCUUAUCUGUCAGCAAGGAUCUAAUUGUGGAAUGAAGGACCAAUAGUGAAAAACAGCUUCUUUGGAAAUUUAUGAGAUAUUCAAUUUUAAUUUCAGAAAACUAACAAUGAAUACAUGUAUCCACAUCUGACAACCCUGGAAAUAUUUUAUUAAUUUUUUGCAAGCUUUUAAUGUUGUUGAGAUGAUACAAAUAGUGUGAGGGAGUGAAGCUUUUUUUUUCCUCCCUCAGGUCCAAACAAACAUUGUAGAGGGUAAGGGAGAUGACUUUGACAGAGAUAUACAGGUGCUGUUGCCUAGGCAAAAGGGGCUAAAGCAUUUUUUAAGUUCAGAAUGUCCAGAUAACAUUCAAAAGCGGCUUGGAUAGACACUUCCCUAACUCACUGAACUAUGAGAAGGAAGAGGAAGUACAGCACAAUCAGACUUGCAAGAAUCUGUUAUUAUAGCCAAUCUCAGUAAAAGUAGUUGUAGCCAUCCUGUGGAGCUGAUUUCAUGUCAGUGAGGCUGACAAUCAUAUAUAUUUUCAAAUUGUUUUCAGUAAGGUACUUUAGUUAUGCAAGAAGGCAGUCUAUCAUAUUAGUACAGAAUGCAACUGUACUCUGCCUACUCAAUUAGUAUAUUUUAAUUUCAUCUGAAGUAUGAGAAUUGUAGGAAUUUCUUCUACUACCUUAUUCUAUCCUACAAUUCUCUGUACUAACCUCUGUUCUGGGUUCACUUUACAACAUCCAAAGUAGAAAUUCUGUGUCACCCCAGUUUGUUUGGAUAACUUACUAUGUGUUAGGAAUGGUUCACAGGCCAGAGUUCACUCUCUCAAAUAAGUUCUGUUUGUUUUUGCUGAAUAUAAAUAUUUACCACACUAAGGAGAAUAACUGAUGAGUGUUUCAUACUGUGUUAUGUGAAUUAUUUCUUAGAAAAUGCUCAGACCACCUCCAAUGUAUUAUUUAUUUAUUUAUUUAAAAGAUUUGUAUGGUCACCCAUCUUAAAACAACUCUGGGUGGCCUGUAAUAAUUUGUAUUUUAAGGACUUGUUCCAGGAAACAUAUUUGUUCCUUGGAUAGUCUCCAUCUUCCAUAACUACUGGGUAAGUAUCACCUGCUCUCUAAAUACCCUAUUACUUUGAAAUGUCAGCUGUACAGAAUGGCACUACACUAUUAUUAGCCUCUAGAGGAAAUGUUGAGGAUGAUACUCGGCAUUUCUGUAGGAAUUAUUUGUACUUGAAUAUUUUGUAUUCAGGACUUGAAUACUUGUUUUUGAAUAUUUUUGUAAACAACACUUGGGUACAAUUGUUUUGAUCCAUACUUUAGCUCCUGUUCCUAUCCUCCUCAUUCUUCAGCUGUAGAAAAAUACAUACCUGGCUUGAAAAAGCCAUAGCACUUUCUUUUAAUAAAAAUAUCCUUUUCAUUUACAAAUUGUUUAACUUUGGCCAAUGUUUCAAGGUAUUUAUUAUCACUGUUGUAUAACACUGCUGUAUGCAUGCAAUCUAGAGAAAUUUUAAAUGAAAGGUUUGGCAGUAAGAUGUAUAAUUUCCUUUUUCCUUUUUAUUUUUCUGGAUUGUGAAAUAGCUUCUCAUAUUAUCAUGAUGCAAAUCAACAGGCUUGCUGUGUUAAAUGUCACAAGUGAGCACUUGUGCACUGAGGACAUUCUCAAUAUUUAUUUAUUUAUUUAUUUAUUUAUUUG